AUGUGCGAGAAUAUAGACAGACUCUGCCAGCAAACAUUUCAUGGAAGUAGGAAAGAUCUAAAACGUCAGAACGGGGAAAUGGAUUGUGCUAAGAUUUUAAAAGAUCAUUUCAAACCAGAAGACCUUCGAUCAGUGAUGAAGUCUAUUACAAUGAAAAUAAGUCUCCUGUCAGAACUUGAUACUUACUGUCCAGGAGAUGUUGUGAAGGGCUCAGUAAAUCUCAGUAUAUCACAUGAAGUUAUUAUAAGUCGUGUUUCUGUGAAAUUAAUUGGGGUAGCUGUGAUAAAUUAUAAAGGAAAAGAUCCUCCAGAUCAGGAAUUAGCCCUUCUGAAAAAGGAAACGUAUGUAGAAGAUGAAAAAUACCUUUACAGCUCACAAGAUGGGAAUCUUCAGGAUUUAUUUACAGAAGCUGGAAAUCAUGAAUUGCCAUUUACUUUUGUUCUGCCUGAUAGUAUACCAUCAUCUUUUGAAUCAAAAGAAUGUUAUAUUAGAUACACCAUUUCUUCAUCACUUGAAGGUGCAAAACUUCCUCUACUUUCCGAGAAAGUUAUCAUUUCCGUGAAUGCACCUUUGGAUCUUAAUAAUAUCCCUAAAUCACAGUACCCUUCAACCGCUAUAAUAGAUCAGAAAAAUAACACAUGGUGCUGGUGUGCAAAGACUACACUUCAUGCAGGAGUUCACACCUCACGAAGAGGGUAUGUUCCAGGAGAAAUUAUAAUAUUAAAUGCUGAAAUUAACAAUUUGGAUUCCAAACCUGUGGUUUCUGUUAGGGCUCAGCUAAUUCAGAUCAUAAAGUAUUAUCACAAGGCUUGGCCUCGUAAAACAAAGCGCAUGGCCUCAGAAAUCACAAGAGGAUAUAUUCUUCCCAAUGAAUCUCAGUAUUGGAUGGGGGAGACUUUAAUUGUUCCAGCUUUGGUCUCAUCAUACAUGAAAUACUGCAAUCUAAUUGACAUCAAAUAUAAAAUAUAUUUUCGAAUUGCCAAAGCUGGAGUGCCUGAAAUUAUAAUGAAAUUGCCAAUUAUAAUUGGUAAUGUUCCUUUGAUGGGAUGUGUUGAUGUUCUUUCUGAUACUAUUGACGCAGAGGAACGAUCCAUUGCAACCCUUGAAAGAGCGACCAAGAACCAUGAGCCAUGCCACUUUGGUCCACAUGAUGUAACAGAAUCCAACAGUGAGAACGUUCAAGACCAAUGCUUAUUCAGUCCCAGAUACAUAACUUACUCAUCCUGAAAAGAACCUACAUUACACAUCAUUUUGAACAUCUAUAAUUCUGACGAGGUCAAAUUGUAUUGUCCAAUGCAAGAUUAUUUAUGUAUCUUUUCAAGUGUUCAAUAAAAAUGUAUUAUGUACUUGCAGUUAUUUUUAUUAAUUUCAUGCAUUUCAACACAAAAUGUUAUGAUACACAAGAUAUUACAAAAACCAAGCAUAUUAAAUUUCACCCUCAAAAAAGGUGACAAAAACAUCGUUACUGAAGUAUAUAAAAAUGAGUUCACUUGAAUCGCACAACAGCUAUGAAUAUCACAUGUGUUUAAAAUAAAGUUAUCUCUUCCUAUCAUACUGCCAUUUGUACACAGGAGGAGCACUUUUUGUUGCUGGUUUGACCCUUUCAGGAGCCAUUUCCUUCUUGUUCUGGAGGUAUCUUUUAAUUGCAAGCUUUUCUUCAAUUACUUGUAACUGCUUCUCUCUUUCGAUUCUUCGACUGAGUUCCCUGUAGGCAUUAUCACGAGACAUUGCAGCUCUUUCCAACUCAGGUUUAGUAACAUUAGGAAGAGAUAGUUGUUGAAGUGUAGAUGUUUUUAAUCUGUUUGUUCGACGCUUUAGAAGAGAUGGAUGAGUAUCUAAAUGUGUUGCCACAUCAAACUGCUUAGCUUCUUUUGUUGAAUCAACAAAGAAAAUGUGUUUAUUCUCUGUUUUGUUGGCUACAUCAAUUAAAUGUAGUUGUGACUGCAUUUUACUGAUUUUCUUGGAUUCAAUGGUUCGUUUCAUUCGAACAUAACGUAAGUCCUGUGUCUGCAUGAGGCUAAUUUGCUCUGGAGUGUGCUCAUCUUCUUUAUCAAGUUCAUGAUGAACGCCAUCCUCUACUUUUGAAUUUAUCAUAUGGAAGUAAAACUCAUCGGGAUUUCUAUCAAGCGCUUUUCUCUUCAAAGCUAAUAUGGUAUUCUUCUUGUUUUGAAAAUUUUUGGCUCUUUCCUUGUAGUCCUUAUGUUUUUCCAAUAAACCCAAGUGGGCUCUGCUUUCUGGUUGGUGCCUCUCUUGAUGAAUUCGACGAUGGCAUUUCGCCGCACUCUUCCACGUCGCCAUAAUUCCUCAGAUUUCAAACUAUGGGAUGAGCUAUUUUACGUGGGUAAGCGCAAAAGUCUGCAACAAUGGGAGACAAAGUCCUUGCGUAAAAUCACACGUUCCAAAACAAAAAUUGAACUAGUUUCACUGUGAUAAAUCAAAUAUUUCCAACCAUAACCCCGCCACAAACCGAUCUCAUGUGGCACCAGUACGAGUGUACUGUCCGAUUUAAAAUGCGGUGUAUGUUACUGAUCAUCAGCAGGACGCUGUUGUCCAAUCGGAAGUUUCAUGAAAAUGUAUUGUGAAUAUCAAAGCUCACGAUUGGAUAAUCACGUCACAGCAGGGAGUCUGUCACAUGUCUUUAUAUUUUAAUCUGACAAUAGAGGCUAGAUCCCACUUGAGCAAACGGCGACACGAGCGCUAUUG